GACGUCAGAUCGAAUCUCCACGCGGUGGGAAGUGUUGCAAUCCCUUUUGACAUCCCAGUUUAUUGUGAAAAUAUCGACACAGGGAUACUAAUGGCUACAGAAAACGGAGAUAACGGAGCUCCUGACUCCUGGGAUCAGGAAGUAGACAAUCAAAACGAAAACGAUCCAGGAAAAGAUUUAGCUGAACCUAUGUCAUUCCUGAACGUCAAUGCGGCACCAUUCGUCCCAGGCCAAAAUGUGUUUGCCACAGAGUUUGUGCCCGUCACAAAAAGUGCAGACGAUGACUCUCCACCAGAUGGCACACCUACUGACGAGUCUGGUAAUGCUGGUGGUACUGAGAACAUGGAAACAGAGGAAGGGCAACCAGGGGAUGACUGGGCCGACGAAGACGAGGACCCUGAAGAAGAAAUGGUUGGAAAACCUAUAAUGAAUAUAAAGAAACCUGUGGAUGGAACACCGGAGGUUGAAGUGAAGAAGGAACACGUCAAUGUUGUUUUCAUCGGCCACGUUGAUGCUGGGAAAUCAACGAUUGGUGGUCAUAUUAUGUAUUUAACAGGUAUGGUUGAUAAAAGAACGUUGGAGAAAUAUGAAAGAGAAGCCAAAGAAAAAAACAGAGAAACAUGGUACCUCUCGUGGGCCCUGGAUACAAAUUCAGAGGAAAGAGAGAAAGGAAAAACAGUUGAGGUGGGGAGAGCAUACUUUGAAACUGAAAGUAAACAUUUCACAAUUCUGGAUGCCCCAGGCCACAAAAGCUUUGUACCCAACAUGAUUGGAGGAGCAUCACAGGCUGAUCUGGCUGUACUGGUGAUAUCAGCAAGACGAGGUGAAUUCGAGACUGGAUUUGAACGAGGGGGACAGACAAGGGAGCAUGCUAUGUUGGUUAAGACUGCCGGCGUAAAACACUUGGUUAUAGUUAUUAAUAAGAUGGACGACCCCACAGUUCUGUGGUCAGAAGAACGGUAUAAUGAGUGUAGGGAAAAACUGAUUCCAUACCUGAAGAAGUGCGGCUUCAAUCCUAAAACAGACCUGUAUUUCAUGCCAGUAUCGGGCCUCACCGGAGCUUUUCUCAAGUUUGUACCAGAUGAAAGCGUCUGCCCGUGGUACAGAGGACCAUCCCUUAUUAAUUAUCUAGACGAAUUGGAAUCCCUAAACAGAUCAACAGAAAUGCCAGUCAGGAUGCCUAUUGUGGAUAAAUACAGAGACAUGGGAACGCUUAUACUUGGGAAAUUGGAGGCUGGUGUUAUAACCAAGAAUAUGACGUUAAUGGUGAUGCCAAAUAGGGCUACAAUAAAAGUAAAUCAACUGUUCUCGGAUGAAAUAGAAACGGAGUUGGCCAAUCCAGGCGAAAAUCUCAAAGUGAAGGUCCAAGGAGUGGAAGAAGAGGAUAUAUCGCCAGGCUUUGUGCUCUGUCCAUUGGACGCGCCGUGUAACACAGGGAAGGUAUUUGAUGCUCAGAUUGUGAUACUUGAACAUAAAUCAAUCAUAUGUGCGGGAUACAGUGCCGUGCUGCAUAUUCACACGUGUGCGGAGGAGGUGACGCUGCGCGCACUUCUGUGUAUAAUUGACAAAAAAACGGGCGAUAAAACCCAAGUGAAACCCCGCUUUGUGAAACAGGACCAAAUAGCCAUUGCUCGUAUUGAGGUGAACGGUGGAAUGAUCUGUUUGGAGACAUUCAAGGACUUCCCACAGAUGGGACGAUUUACACUGCGCGAUGAAGGGAAAACCAUUGGAAUAGGGAAAGUGCUAAAGAUUAUUGGUUAAGAAAUACAUUUGACGUGAAAUAGUGUUGGGGGGAAUACUCACCACUGGAUGAAGAAACAGCGCUUGGUGAAUUUCCUCCUACUCAAUAGAAACAGUGCAAGGGUGAAUCCAACUCGCUCAAUGGAGAGUCAACACUGGCUGUAUAUAUUAAAGGACUUGUGCAUUUACGCUGACAUUUUAGGAUUUAAGACAUGCAGAGCAGGUGCUGUUAUCGUGCACCAAGAACCUGUUAAAUAGAUUUUGUUGAUAUCAUGUCACCUUUCAUCAUUCAAAUGUAAUUGCAGGCAUCUUUGGAGACGUUAAAGAUGAGCCGAGUCAGUCUGUCGAUCUGUCAACAAAAAAUUUCUGUAUGACACAUAUUAAAAAAAAACAUGUUUUGUGACCGUUUUGGAAAUUGAGGUUGUAAGUCAUACUCUGUUUAAAAAGAAUUUCUUUAAAAAAAAAUGUUGAAUGUGCCUUCGUCAUAGUCAACAUUCCUAUCUCUCAGGAGUAGUCUUAAAAUGACUGAAACUGGUUUGAUGCAUUCUUUGUCUAUUUGAAAAUCAUUUCUUGAUAUCGGAUAGAAAAUGUUCUGUUUAAAAGUGAUAAUAAACAAUAUAAAUAUAAUUCAGAAAUAUUUAAAAAUAAAAAAACGCAAUAACUACUUUAUUUCAAUGUCAUAAGCUUUGUUUUCAUUCAUUUUCUAUUCAGUGUUUUGGUAAUAUUAUUUGUUUUAGUAGAAGUUUUCACAACAGCUGGACAGGGACAGGCUGACGGAUUGAAAAUCUUUUUUUUGGGAGUGAUACAGUUGUCAUGACUUGCCCACGCCAGCUUGGAUUUUCUCCCGAAAAAUAUAUUUUAACAGAUGACUGAAGCAUUUCAAUAUGAUAGAUUUAAAGUGUGCGUUCCUGCUGUGUGUGAUCUUACCCCUACUUACCUUUACAUGGAGUAAAUUUUAUGUUACUUUCACAGUCAAGGUAAUUAGCCUAAGUGGAAAUGAUAUCAGUUAUAUGGCACUAUUUGAACUGUCGAUGGAGGAGUGUAUUUGUAAAAACCGUUGAACAAGUAAAUCAUUUACAAACAAAGAAAUCCCAAGUAGUAUUUAAAUUAUACAUUGGAUAUCUUCACAAAAAGUUAAGUUGAAUAAAAUCGAUUUUAUUUUUGGAUGUAAAAUGACUUACUCGUUCACUUUUCCAAGUCAUAGUAUGCUAGUUAAAAUUACUAACCUGAAGGAUUUCUUCAGUAAAUUUACGCAGGCCAGAUUUUUUCCAUGAAAAGUUGCAAUUAUUUGUAAAAAUGAGAAUUGUAAGAGAAUUCCUGUGUAAUUCCAGAUCCAAUACUUAUAUUUGAGGCGUAACAACUUCCCACAGAUGUGAUUUAUCAGAGACGGGUUAUUUGGUAGUGAACAGAUUCUUAGAAUAUAGAGUGUUCAUAAAAUACAUUCAGGGAAUUAUUUAUUGGAAAAUUACACUAGUAAUGUGUAGUUUUCCGACUCUUAUCUUCAUUGGUCUUCUGUUAUUUUUAAGGUCACUGAGUCUUCAACGAACACAAGAGAUUAACCCUUUCACCACUAUAGACCAUAAUGGACUCGUCCCCAAAAACGCAUGGUAGAGUCUACUAAAAUUACCUAGGGGUGAAAGGAUUAAAAAGUAACCCAUAUAAAAUCAAUGGUACCUCUAUGAUGAAAUGUGAAGCUCCUACAUUGAGUUCUGGAAGCAUUUCCAAAAACCUCUGCCUAUAUUUAUUUUGCUAUUAAGUUGAUUGGUUAAUUUAUCGAAAAACCAGAUUUUAGAAUUACUAAUCAAAAUGAGCAGUAAAAUUCAGUAAAGAAAGAAUUUGAAUUUCUAUAUCCGAGUCUCUUGGUUAAUGGAGAAAGAGCCGCAGUAUAUUUUCGUUUUAUUAGAAAAAAAUUGAUAGGUUGAUCAGUUGAGUUGUAUUGCUGGAUAGCCACGGUCUGGAUAUGAUCCCUCGUAAGCUAGGGAAACAAUAUCAGACAGUGUUAGGUAUGUUGUUCACAUCAGUAGGACCUACCUAGAGUGGAAAAAUUGGUUUGUAUAAGAGCAUAUGAUACAGGCAAAACUAGAUAAUAUAGGCUGUUAUAUAGCUUCUAAAUGUGAUAUCUGUGGACCAUCGGUUGUAAUUGAGACACUGAUAAUCCAGUAACAUCACUUUGGGAUUAAGUAACGGCUAACAGGAUUUGUUGCAUUUGCCAUUGCUUGAUAAACCUGUUUGGAAAUCAAAAAGUGUCAAAGCUAUCAGGGUUUCUGUGUGUUUGAAGUCUUGAAGCCCUUCCUGCAGGAAUCAUUUUAAGUGCUGUUUAAUGGGUGUGUUGCUACAUGAAAUUGUUAAAAGUUAAAUUUUCUGUUGUAUGUUUCUCUCUUCCCCUCCCCCUCCCCCUCCCCCCAAUUAUAAUUUCUUUAUCAUUUAAUCCCCAUACUUUUUGUACAUAUAUUUACUUUAAGUAGGUGAGAACACGAUAUCAUUGCUUGGAUCAGCGUGCGAUGGUACAGAUUAUAUGGAUAUGUGUGCGUGAGAGGAGAAAUCAACUGUGACGGAUGUUUGAAAGCUAGUAGUCUAUGUGAGAGAGUAAAUGAAAAUUGUUGUUUCAGAAAUGCAAAACAUGUUCACAGGUGCUUACAAUCGUGAGGUAAAUUUCUUGUUUGCAGAAUCCUUAUCACAAAGUUACAAUAUAGCUUCUUCACACUGGUGUUGAGCCUGCGUUUGGCUUCAAAUGUUUUCCAUGAAGUUGUUAAAAUUAAUCGCAUAGUAAUGAUGUAUAUAACUUUAACUUUUUAAAUGUAGGUACAAUUGUAUGUUGUAGACAUAUUUUUUUCCUAAUAUAUAUAUAUUAGAAGGGAUGGAUUAUAUACUUGUCAAGUAUUCAAAAAGAUUUGGCCAUAUUAAUACUCGUUUUCCUUUUAAUUGUUGAACAUUUCAGAUACCAUUUUUGUGCCACCAUCCGUACAGGUUCGGUUGUAAUAAGGUGGUCGCUGUGCAAUUGCUGCAGAUACACUCAUUGUACAGUUAGGCUGACAAAGCUUUGAGUCAAAUUCCCUUAAUUUUGAUAAUUUGUGCUCUUUUACUCUUUUGUUUGAGAAAUUAUUAGCCUUUCCAUAUUUUAUGCCCGCUACAUUUGCGAAGAGAGCAUUUAGUGUUUUGAUUUUCCAGCGGUCAGCCCGUCCGUUCAUGUGUGUGACAUCUUGGUUAGAAUUUGCGUUGGGCUAAAUUUUCUCUGAUGCUACAAGUCCCAAAGUCAACAAUCUUAAAAUGCAGGUGUAUUCUAACAAGUAUGACAUCAGGUGAUUUGUAGGUCACUGUGACCUAUAUUUUCCAUUUCUACCAAAGCUAAAACGAGACAUGUAUGUUUUAAAAUCAUUUUUUCAUUGGUCUUUAGUUGACCGUGUUAGACUGUUGAUGGAUAUUUGUAUUCAUUUCAUUUCUGGAAGGGAGAAAAAUACCCUGGGUAAGCAAAAAUUCUAUACUUUAUUUGACGUCUGAGGUCUCGUGAGGAAAUAUGUUGUUUUUGGACUGGAUACACAACAGUGAAAGGCCUUUCUAAUACAAUGUACUUGUAACAGGGUUCCGCUUCAUUUCAUGUUUCUCUCUGACAAAUGAUAAGUGUUAUUAUUAUAAAGCAGUACUGUUUAGAAAGUUGUUAAAAUCUCUUCAAAACGAUUGCUCAACUGGUGUUUCAUUUAACAGUUAAAACAGUACAGCAAAACCUCGUUAUGCUGCCAACAUUUGUCCAGAGCUGUUUUGGCAUUAUAAAGGGGUUUGGUGAUGCAUCAGCUCAUUCACCCCUGAGGACACAUUUGAAACCUUCCAAUUCAAAGGUUGGAAUUGUUCAUUAUGAAAUUUCAGGUGUGAAUGAUUUAAGGGAAAUACACAAAGGAGUUCAUAAGAAAGCAGGAAAACGGGACAUUGAAAUAUGUUGGCAGUAAACGAGGUGGCAAAUGAAACGAGUGGUAUUAUAGCGAGGUUUCACUGUAAAGCUUUAAAAUCAGCUUUUUGAGUGUGAAUACAAAAUGUGUGGUAGUAUUUAUGGGACGGUGAUGGGCGUACAAAUUUUGUUAUGUACUUUCAAAAGCUUAGUUUUAUCAGUUUAAAAUGUAUUGGAUUAUUUAUGUCUUAAAUGAAAACUGGAUUAAAGAAUGACAAAUGAUAUACAUCUAACAAGUAAAACACCAUGUAACAGUUUCCUAUAUAAUCUAAGGUCCAAGACGUUGAAGAAAAGUCUAGGAAAGGUCCUUUUUCAUUGUGGAUCCGAUAUAUUUUUUUGAAAUGUGUGGAAUUUGCACAAAACAUUUUCUGGUUUGAAAGUGCGUAGCAUUGUAAAUAAGAGCCAGUAUUGUUGAAAUUAUUUGUUGACAGGACAAAGUUUGCAGAAAUUGUCAAUAGUGAUUAAUUAAUGAUGUAUCUGAACUUUUCUGUAAAUCUGACAAAAAUAUUCAGAGAUUAAAGAAUGAAGAAUUGUUUCACUAUAUAUAUAUAUAGGUUUACAUCAGUUAUAUAUACAUUACAAAUCUCUGCACUUGCAAGCAUAGCCACAAGCACCUGCUGAGAUUUUCUAUGUUAGAAACGAAAACAUGUAAUUAAUUGUAUGAAAAUAUCAACUUUAACAAUUGUAAUUAAAUUAUGACGUAUGAAAAUUUUGAACUUUACCAAUUACACAUGUCAUCAUUAUUGAUAUCGUGCUCGUCACGCAGAAUGUGAAAUUUCAUCAGGAAUUCUUAUGAAACCUUUAAACAGUAAUUGUAGAUCUUGAUGAAGAAAUCUUUUUAAUUAAAACUGCAGGUACCAUGAAA